CGCCUUUCUUCUUCAACAACGAUCAAUCAUCGCUCUUACCCACGACUCCACCUUCAAUUGUGAAUCACAUUCCUGUCGAGGAAAUCGAGCAAAAAACCCCAAGGGCGCAUAGAGAUACAACGAAAUAGUGCCCGUACACUAGAGGACACCUGGACGCUUGGACCAUCGGCGCUUUUUGCCUGCAAUUCCACGUUCCAGUAGGAUUAGGAUUGUGCAUUCUUGCUUCGUUGUGGAUUUUAACAGCUAUAACCCAAACACGCCAUCAGCUUGAGGAAACCGGUCUUUGUCGAAAAUGGCAAGCAAACCAAAGGCGGCUUCCUCCAAGCUCAACAGCUUCUUCAAGUUUCGCAUGCCGUACAAGGAGACAUCACUACACGACACAUUACGUCUAGAUUCUGCCAAUCCUUCAGACCCCAUAGAUGCGAACGAAAUUGUGCAGCUGCUUUUGCCUGGAAAUCACUCGCUGCAAUCACGCCUCAGGACACUGGAUGAGUUGAGCACCAUCAUCCAGAACUAUCCAUUUCAACACAUCAGCGAGCUUUGGGUUGCGGUCUCGGAUCUUUUGGAAGCUGGAGUCCCAAAUAAUGCACGGAAAGCUGCAUGGAAUUUUAUGAUUGCCUGUAUCCGUGGGCAGUUUGAGGACCUCGGUAUGCUCCGAGCCAUCUUUUACCAAGCCAUCAAUGACCAUGAGAUCUGGGAGGACUUUGAUGACAAGAUCAAGGCUCUCAAGGAGUUGACUAAAGACGGUCGAGACGUUUACGGAUUCGAAAAGAAUAUUGUACGACUUCUGGCGCAUUGGGUUGAGUCGAACUUUGAGCAAGCUAAGGUCGCUCAGCACAUGACCCAGCAGCGACUCGGCAUGCAGAAAUCCACGACUUCAUUGGCAACCCUCAGCAGCACACCACAGCUCAUUCUUCUUCAAAAGCCCAUCCCGCAUCUCGACGUCACCAUGGCGCUCCUCAUCAACGUUGUCCGGUUCAACUUUGUGUUUUUCGACGAAACAGAGAUUGCAGGCCUCCUCGACCUCUUACAUACAAUAUGCAUCAACGCACCAGAGGAUACACCACAUGCGAUUGGGUUCUUGGACAUCAUUGUGCGCUAUGGCUACGUACCUGCGGAAGGCCUUGUAACGUUUUUGAAAAUCCUCUGCUAUACCACACUCUCGGAUCUUUACAAGGACCAGGCAUGGACAAUCACCAGUAAUCUCAUGAAGAGCCACAGUGCACAUAGCGCCAUUCGACUGCUGUGCCUCAAUUUGCGGUCCAAGAACGACUCGAUAGCGCAGAUGCGAGUUGUUCAGGGAUCGAUCAGGCUGUUGCAGCGUUCGGUGUGGAGCAGUACCCCGAUCGAGACUCUGUCGGUUUCAUACUCAACAAUCCUGUGGUCUCUAAAGAGCGCCGUCGAUUUCAAGUCCAAGGAGGUCGACCAGGAUAUUAUCCGGAGUCUGAGCAUCUUGUUAGAGGCACAUUCGGCAGACUUGGGCGAUCUCGAGUACGAAAUCAUCCUGGACAUUCUAGAGCUCCUCUCACAGCAUGUCGACGAGAAGCCAGCAGAGGAGAGCGCGUCAGUAAAGCCAUUCAUUUUUCGGCUGGGACCUAGUAAUACUGUCGUCACCACAGGACAGCAACAGCAGCCCAACAAUCCCCUCCGAGAUGCAUAUGGUGACCUUUUAUUCCAUUUUAUCCGCAUCUACAACAACAAGCAAAUGCCGGGAAUAGUUGCUCGAGUAAUGAACCUCCUGGCGUCGUUGCAGGACCACCUUCCAGAAGACACCAUGUUGUUGCUACUUGAAUAUUAUUACUCAGAGCACCAAUUCUACCCAUAUACCCCCAACUGGUUGGAGAGACUGCGCGACCUCGUUCAAGUCUCGGUUAUUCAAGAUAAGCGGCCAAAGGUUCGGUCAAAGGCUCUUUCGAUCGCCCUGGAUGUGUACGUGUCAUCACUGGAUUUCUUUCACGACGAGAUCGUCUCGACAGUGUUCAUGGAUGUGUUUGACCAUCUCGACUCAGAAACGGACCAGGAGGUGGCGUCGCGAGUCUCGACAUUGCUGAUUGAUGCUACGCAGAUCGCCUCCGAGGAACUAUUCUCAAAACUGCUGGACCGGAUAGUUCUCUUGAUCCGAUGUACGUGUCACAUUCCGAAACCUUCACCAUCUGGAUCGACUCUUCAGCCAUCACUCGCCUCACGACUUGGCAUGGCUUCAUCACUCUCUACGUCGCUAUCAUCCAGUCAUCACCUUAAUCACCCGCCAAGUCCUCCGGUCGCGUGCCAGUCGUUGACAGCAUCCAUUGGAAUCGUUGACCUGUUCCAGCAUGCGUUGUAUGACCCGAAUGGCGCCUCAAGGGUCGAUACGUUUUUUUGUCUGUUAGUUGGCCUUGCGGUCGACCAAAGUAUUCAUAGAGCAAGCAGGUUGAUCCUACUCGACUUUUUGCUGUGUCUUCGCGUCGAUUUGGACCACAGGAUCUUUUGCUCGGAGGCGAGUACAGUCGAGAGCAUUGCCGCUGCCACCGAGCAGCUACUCGCCGAGGAAGUAAAACAGGAGCGAGGCGACCGAUCGGCAGUGAGCAACCUGAGAGGCAGUGGAACGAUGCAGCACUCCACCUCUGUACGACAACAUACAGAGCCAUUCUCAUUCUCAUCCGCCGCCAACCCCACACGCAACUGGAAGCCGCUCAUGCAAGGCAAGACCAUAAAGGCGAGCCCCUAUGUAAUUUCAUACCUGGAGAUUGCUUCAACAACCGCCGAGUCUUCGAACGAUGAGACGCUACCUGCGCCGUUGGUUGGAUGCGCCAAAGUGAUACUCAACAUUCCUCUCUACAUGACCGGCGUCUUGUCGAUUCUGGAGCAGGAAAAGGACUUUGCGAUCUACUCGUUCGUCAUCCAGCGGCUUCCCUCUCAGCUCUUCAACAAGCAUUUGUUUUGCAACAGCUCGGAGCAGGUCACAAGGCUUCACAAUGUCCUGGUCGACAUGACACUGAGGGACAAGAUCCCUGACUCGCUCCGUAACCUGCCCCUCAGUGCCAAGCGACACAAUAUCUACAUCCUUGCCUACAAAGUUCUCGUCAUCCUGCUGUGCUACCACAGCAAGUUUAGCACCAAAGAGCUGCACGAUUUGGUCCUUGCAUUCAUGUCCGGCCUUUCACGUCAAGCAAUGUGUGCCAAGAUUUGUAUCCAUGCGUUGGCUGUCUGCUGCUAUGAACUGCCUCAGUCCAUGACGAAAUAUCUCUCGGUAGCUGUUCUGAGGCUCUCACAGAUCAUGUCGACGGUGACUAUCAGAGUGCACAUUCUCGAGUUCCUAUCAACUGUCGCGCGUCUACCGAUGCUCUACUCGAACUUUGUCGAGAGCGAUUACAAGCGUGUCUUUGGCAUCGCUCUCAAAUAUGUCCAGUACACCCACACGGGCUCCAGCAACAACGCCCAUCCGGCUCCUUCAUCAUCGAUGCCAUCCUCGGCAAUAUCAUUUCCUAAUUCCCCAGCUGUAGCAUCCCAAGGACCUGCGACAGCUGCAGCACGAGCGCUUCCUCAGUACGUGCUUAUCCUGGCUUAUCAGGUCAUCGAUGUCUGGUUCAUGCUUCAGCGAUUGACGGAGCGCAGGAAAUACGUGCCAUACAUUGUCCGGAACCUCCUUAUGGCCAAUGAUCCCGGAAAGAAAGUGGACGAACAGACGGAGACCUGCAUGGAUAUGCUAGCUCGAUACUCGUAUGCUAAUUGCGAGCCGAAGCCAAAGCCAUCGCUGAUUCAACAGAUCCUGAUCGGACCUACGAGCAAGACUGGAAGAAUGAUCACAAAGACCUGGAUUCAAGGAAACGCGUUCAUCACCGUCCAAACAGCGCACAACGUCGGCUGGGCAGAGAUUACAGUCCGCAGGGCGUCCGGCACGGCGUCGUUCCUACUUAAGAUUGAGAAUGAGAUGUUUAUGGACUCGUCAAACGAACUGGACUUUGCGUCACUGCCAGGACUAUUAAGAUUACAAGAGGACGCAUUGGCUAUCGAUGCAGUGACCCAACAGUCGACAGGAACUUCUGGCGCCGGAGAGGACACAGCGACUGAUAGCGAACAUACGCCCGAGCCAUCUCUGGAAGCUAAGAGCCGCCAGGAGGAUGAAAAUCAUUUGUCAGCUGUAUCGGGACUAUCACAGAGAUUGAGCGAAGCACGACCCUCCUGGCUCUCGCCAAGGAACACACCGCACCACACUCCACAACAUACGCCUCUUCAUACGCCCUUGCAUACUCCUCGUGAUUCUCCUCACCACACACCCAAAGCAUCACCUCUGCCUUCCGGCGAUAAUACACCUUCGAGCUCACCUCCAUUACGCUCAUUCAUGAACACUGCUACAUCAAAGCUGGUCUUUGAGGGUGGCCACCAACGCGUGCAAACCGCUCCCACUGAGCAUGUCGCCCUGUUCUCGACUUCCCUUCAUCCGCUUCAGGAGUCUGGCGCGCCAGCACACAGCCAGGACGAUGGUUCAGGUGACAUAGACAGCAAGUUCACCUACUCUUUGUCUUCACAGGGAGAUGGCGGCCCACUCUCAGGAGCGUUCUCUGCAAACGCCAUAGCACCGUCCUCCACCACCGCCUCAAGUGUUAUGAACAACCUUGGACGAUCCAAGUCAACGUCCGAUCACGCGGGUGGAUCGCUCAAAGAGAAUGUCAAGCAUGCGGAACUGAGCCGUGGACCCGUAGGCGGUGCGCUAGAGCAGACAAAAUCGUUGCUGUCUCAUUCGAUGGCGGGCAGCAAGCGGGACGACAUACGCCGGUCCAUUUCGCUGGCCUCGUCACGCAAUAACAGUAUCACUUCAGCAAUGGGCCGUGCUCAUCGGCUGGCGCUUGGUCAUGAUGACCAUCGGCCGCCCAUCUUGACAGAGAGCAGCAGUGGGUAUUAUGACCGCGAGAAUAAUACGGAAUCUACGCGGCCGUUCUCCAAAGCUAAGAUGGAGACGUUUGUAGAUCCGAGCUUCUUGUUUAUGCAGCUGACAUCGUAUCCCGAUGUGAUGGCGCGGGAGACCCCAAUCUUGCUGGCGGACGACGAUGCGACGAAUAGAGCAUUAGGUGUGCUGGAUAGGACUCCUGUGGUGGAUUUCCACAAGAUCGGAGUCUUGUACGUUGGCAAAGGUCAGACAAAGGAGAGCGAGAUCUUGGGAAACACACAUGGUUCGUCCGAGUACACAAAGUUCCUCGCGGGAUUGGGAUCACUUGUCCGACUCAAAAAUGCAAAGAUCUACGCAGGAGGACUCGAUUUAGAGAUGGACUUCGAUGGCGAGUACGCGUAUUCACACCAGGACGAGAUCACUCAAAUGAUCUUUCAUGUGGCUACCAUGAUGCCCAACCAACCACACGACGUCAACUUUGAUUUCAAGAAGCGGCAUAUCGGUAACGACUGGGUGACGAUCGUGUUCAACGAGUCUGGAGCGGAUUAUGAUUUUGGAACGAUCUCAGGCCAGUUCAACUUUAUGACGCUUGUUGUUACGCCGGUGUCGAUGGCCUCGGUAACAUUCACAGAAGCUGCGAGCAGAAUCAGUCAGCAGCAGCAUCAGCGAUCUGGGACUGACAGCAACGAGUCAUCCUCGGUCUCUACGAACAGGCCAGAAGACAAUAUCUCUGCUUUCACCUCCACAGCGCCUGUCGGGGCGAUAGUAUCAACAACAACAACUGGCGUUGUACAGUCUUUCAAGAAUGUUUGGUUCAAGGUCGUGAUGCUGCGUCGGCCGGAUAUGCCCGAGAUUGGGCCGCUGGCGACACCGAAGAUCAUCAGCGCUUCUGAGCUGGCGCGGUUCACUCGACAGAUGGCGCUGCAUGCCAAUAUCUAUGCACAGGUGUAUUACCAGCAUCUCCAGAACUCGGUUGAGUAUGUCUCCAACUGGCAGGAGCGUCUGCGACAGAUCAAACGAGUGAAGGAGAGACUUAUGGCAAGCGGAGGUCCCAGCGGAUCUGGGGCUGGAGGCGCGGGAGUAGGAGGUCAUUUUGCGGGCGCUAAUUCAGCGGCAGCGACGAGUGCCUCUGGUGCUGGAGGAUCAUCAUCAGGAACCACUAGUGGGGCUGGUUUACGAAGCGGUGUUGGUGGAUCGAAUACAGGAGUACCAGGGUCGUCAAACAACAAUGCAUCUGUUGGAGGCAAUAGCGGAAACCAAGGUGGAGGCAACAGUUCGAGCAUUGGAUUGGGACUCGGACUUGGACUGGGUCUCGGAGGAUCGUCAUCGUCGUCUUCGAAUGCCGCAGGAACGAACAGUACUUCAGGCACAGCAGGCGGGGCUCAGCAGUCGAGCAUCAUGAGUCUUGAGUCAGUGGUUGAUUUCACACGAUAUGCAUGAAAACGCAUCUUGUUUUGUUAUAUAUCACUGAAUCCAUUUUUGCACAUAAUAACUGGGCCCCAAUAAACUGGAGAAGUACUAGACCGGCCCGUUCGGUUUUCUUUUUUAUUUUUUUGA